UUGAGCGUAGGAGCGGGCGGAAGGCCGUGCGCCAGAUGUUCGAGAGCAUCGCGAGCGCUGAUGGGAGCCAAGCGCGGGUGGUCAGCAGCGAGGGGGGCUUUGGAGACGGGCGCCAACGACUACUGUGUCUCUUCCCGGUCAACGCUCGGAACGAGGUUAUGGCAUCCCUGGCCCUACGGGCGCGCCUGGCGAACACGUUCGAUGGUCCGAGCACGCCCGACAACCAGGAUAGGCGAGGCUUCGCACGGCGUUUGUACAUGCUUUGCAAGUGCGCGGUGAAGGCGAUUUUUCUUGGUAGACACUUGACAGCGGCGGACAUCAAAGGUGCUCAGUGGGCGAAGUCGAAGGGGACCUGCCGGCAGGUUAUCGACUUUGUAGCAGGGCACGGCUUGUGGGCUACGACUUCACAAGUGCAGCAUCGAGAGGACUAUCAUGCGAAGGUCGUUGAGGACAAGGACAUUCUCCCCAAGGGGGCCCAAUGCGCGGAGAUUGCAAGCGACAACUCCGAUCACGACCCGCGGGUCGGUGAGCGCCAGGGGGAAGGACCGCAUAUUUCGUUCAUAGCCGCAACAGCUGUGACGGUGGGGGACGAUGUGGGUAGGAUGCAAGACGCCGCUUCGCUCAGGAGACGCAGAUCUCUUACGGUGGAUCAGAUUACAAAGGGGCUGGACCAAGAGCAGGGAGACCGGCGCCCUUGGACAUGCGUCGAAUCUGAACUCCGCAAGCGAGGAUCUACGAGGAGGUAUACCGACAACAAGGCUGCAAUCGACCGUAUCCUGGAAAUGUGGCGUUAUACCUCAGCCGGUGAGGAGGGUGCCCCGUGCAUCAUCGCCGGGGACGAGGAGACCUACAGGUUCCUGUAUCAUAUCAUGAAGCAAAACCCAGAGGAGUACCGCCAAGCUCUUCUGAGGCGAUAUUGGGGGGCUGGGGUGGAGCAUGUGGCCGAAGAAUUGGGCACGGACAACAAGAAGUCGAUGGACGGGAAUAACUACCGUCGAGCACACAACCACCUAAGCGCGAUGUGGGAGGCGUUUUGGGCUGUGUGCCAGGAGAAAUACGCCGAACACUUGGCCGAACAGGGGCUCGCACCGCCGGAGGAUCCCGACGACUUCGCCAACCGAGUGGUUGGGUGGAUUGAAGCGCGGGCGGAGGUUCACAAGGCGUUCGCCUUAUGGAAGCAAUUCCUGCUUGACGACUAUCCCGCUUACAUCGCUUUCCGCACUGCCCUGCGAACGGACCACCUUGCUGAGAUGGCGAUUUUGCCGGAGUCAGAUCGAAAGGUUAUCGCUGAGCUGUUUUCCGUAGCGCUCGGUCCCGACGUUUUCGCGCGAAUUGGGCUAGACGAGAGGCAGGAGGUUGCUAAUCGGUUUUACAAGACGAUGACCAAGAGAAUCGUUUCGAGCUUCAUAGAAAAGCUGGCGCCGAUUGCUCAACUGCGUGAGGAGGCCCUGAUCCAGUUCGAGCGAGAGUACAUCGAGCAGGCACAAACGGCCCGGGACAGGAGCCGGGAGGUGGCGUCAAAACGUGGGCCGGCGGUCAAGAAAGCUCGUGAGGUGUUGCUCAAGAGCCCAGCAUUUCAAGGUGAUGAAGGUGUGGGAAAAAUCAUGUCGUUGGACGGCAGGGUGGUCACUCAAAAAGAAGAGGAGGAGCUUGUCAGCGCGCCGACGAAGGCAGUGGAGAAGUUUCAGGAGGUCGUCGCACACUGCGUUUUGAGGGACCCGAAAAAGAAGGGGACGACCAAGAAGAACGUUUUCUCAAUCCCGCCCAAGAACACAACGAACCAGUCUACGAAGAGCCAAGGGAGGAAGUCGGGUUUGAAGGAUAACAUAGCCAACGCCUUCGCUGGGGGGCGUGAGUUCAAGGCACUGUUUUUGAACACUAUGGAUGCUGCCGACGAACACGGGUCGGUCACGCCGGAGCUUUUGGCUGAACUGGUGUCUCAAGUGGGAGCUCCCCGGCCAUACAGCAUGCUAAAUUCCAAAGGAGGCGCGAAGCACGCCAACAAAGCCCAAGGCCCAAACAGGUGUGAGGCAAUCAAACUUGGAGGAGGGAACGGUGGGGGUGAUCCGCUACUUCGAACAAGAGUUGCGCUGAUGGACACCGACCUACUUGUCGUGUGCUACGAUCGCGGGGAACUUGUACCCGUUAUCAAAGGGCAAGAACAGCUGGCGCGGACCGAGCAAGUGGGGGGGUGUACGCGGGACUUCGAUCCGUCGUCAACGGAAUCGGUUCCUUCGUCACAGUUUCAGCCAUGGCUCCGAGCCAAUUCCAACGAGGCGCGGGAUGGUAUCGCCGCGAAUCUCGCCAUGAACGUGCUGGCGGAUGAAAAGUGGGACGGAGACCAAAAGCCAACUGGGACCGCUGCAUUUGACGGUGUUGGACGUGAGGUUGGACUGAGAGAUGUGCGACAGUACAAUGAGAUGUCUGAGGCUUUCGGCGCCGACGGCGAAGCGGAUGAGGGGGGGUGGUAUGGCUCGGGGCCGGAACAUCUCCUGCACUUCCGAAACCGGUCUACUUCAGGUACGGUUGUCCAGCGAAAGCGUGGACCGCACGUUGGCGAGGCUGAGCUUCCUGUCGCUCAUUUUAUCGUGUGGGCGGAGACGUACUGGGGAAAGAAGUUGGACAAGUGGCUCGUCACAUCAGUCGACACGGACUUGUGGAUUAUCAUCCUCUUGGCAAUGAGCACCGGCAAAAUCCCGCCUAAUGGUAUCGAUAAGGUGGACAUUACCGUGCAGAGGAUUGUUGGGGGAGCUGCGAAGUUCCUAUGGGUCAACCGAGUGUACAACAAAAUCGCCGACCUCAAGGACGGGAGCGAAUCUGCGUGGCCGGCGGCAGACUUCCAAGGCUGGAUUCCCACCGCUGACGAGAAGGUCCGCCUUUUCGUUCUGACCUACCUUCUGGCGGGCAGCGACUUCCUCCCUGCCAUUUCCGGCCUGCCGUUUUACAAAAUGUGGAUACUUGCUCUGAAAAGCGUGCGGGCUGGUGGCGUGUUCAACCGUUCCCUAUUCGUGAUGGAGGAUGGGGUGUGGACGGUGGACAUAGAGCAGAGCAUCAAGCUUCUCGCGACCAUUUUCUACUUCAGGUACGAGGCAGCAUUUGCCGGGAUUGCGACCACUCCAGGCGAUCUGCUGCGCAACGUGAAUGACAGCGUCAGGAACUACGUGGACCUCAUCCGAGUGGCCAUCGUGAAGCUUGGCAAGAAGAGGACGGCAGACACCUGCCCGACUUAUAGGUCGAUGCGCGAGCAAUGCAUGAGGAUGAAGUCUGUCGACGGGUAAUGGCAAGAUGGAUUCAAAGACCACAUGCCGGAACGAGAAUUCAACGGAAAGGGUUGGGGUAUUAACCCCAAGGCGAAGGGCAGCAACGCGUCAGCACUCACAGGAGAGAAUUGCGUUAUGUGGAUGUCGGAGCAUUCUUACAUCGGUCCCGAUGGGAAGAUGGUCACGAUGACGUGCGGUUGCCACCCGGUGAAGGCCUUAAAGCAUAACUGUAAGGGGUGCGGGUGCAAAGGGCGCAAGUGCUCCCUCGCUUGCGGCUGCAGGGCCGUUGCCAUUUGGCUCGCAAGCCUGUACCCAGUGCACCGACCGGCCAAGCCAUGUACUCCGGUCCUGCCGGUGCUGCACACUCCGCAGUCGUUGCCAGCGCCAUGACGGCUCUUCUGGCGUCCCGGAACGCUAGAACGGACGAGGAAGAGGAAGACCCGGACGAUCCCGGUUCGGACGAUGACGACACCGGCCGU